GGAGCACACCCUCACAUUGCUCAAAGGAUUUAUUACCUAGCACAACUUAGAGGCAGCACUCAAAUAUCAGGAGUGCACCGAACACUGCUUUGCAGGAGCUGAGAGGAGAGCGUGUAGGACUGAGAACAGUGAUAGUUCUCAAAUACUGAGAUACCCAUAAUUUUCAAGAUGUGGAAGAAGUCAAAAGUUACAGAUCAGACUGCCACAGGGCAGGGCGGAGCAGAGGGUCAGCCUCCAAAGAAGAAAGGUAUCAAAAGGAGAUCAAAAGUCCCUGGAGUGAUGAUUACACAGUAUAUUGAGGAGCUGCCAGAGGGGAAAAGCACUCCUGACUUCACUCGCAAACCCAUCGCUUUAACCAUUCAAGAAGGAAAAUUAGCCAUCUUUAAAGCCAUUGUGAUUGGAGACCCCAAGCCCACUGUAGCAUGGAAAAGAGCCAAAGGAGAAAUGAAUGAUCCACAAAAGUUUCAGAACAAAUAUGACCCUACAAGUAAUGAACACACUUUAGAGAUACCUAAAGUAAGUGGUGAUGAAGCUGACACAUACAAAUGCUACGCCAUUAAUGAGUAUGGAAAGGCUGUUUGCACAGUCGUCCUAAACGUCAUUGAAGUUGGAUUCAAAAAGAGCAAAGAAAUGAAAAAGGCAGAAGAGCCUCCAGUAGGGGACCCAGCAGAGUUCAGGAAGAAGCUCAGGAAAAGUGCUGGAAAAAAGGUUGAGGACAAAAAGGACGGAGAAAUCGAUGAGGCAGUGUGGGACCUGUUAUUAUCAGCUGAUAAGAAAGACUACGAACGUAUUUGUGCUGAGUACGGCAUCACUGAUUUCCGUGGCAUGCUGAAAAAACUGAACGAGUUGAAGAGAGAGCGAGAGGAAGAGCAGGCGCAGUUCAUUCAGCACCUCACUAACCUGAAACCCAUUGAGGUGAAGUCAGAAGAUGCAGCUUCAUUUGAACUCGACCUGGAACUUAAAGAUCCUAGCAGUCGCAUUUUCCUCUACAAGGAUGGUGUCAUGAUACCAUACAGCAAAGAAGGAGACAGUGACAUGAGGCAUUAUCUGAAGCAAGUUGGCAAAAAAUAUGUGUUCACAGUGAAAAAUCUCAGUCCGGACGAUGCUGGUAUUUAUCAAGUGGAUGUUGAAGGAGUCAAUAUCUUCUCAACGGAUUUCAAGAUUCCCCCUGUGGAUUUUGUUGUGAAGAUCGAGGAGGUGAAGGCCGAAGAAAGACAAGAUGCGAUCUUUGAGUGUGUGACUUCCCUUCCCAUGAACCAGAUAGUAUGGACAUUAAAAAAUUCCCCCCUUUCCAACAGUGAUAAACAUGAGAUUACUGUUUCUGAUGAUAAGCUGAUUCACCGACUGAAAAUCAUUGAUUGUAUGCCUGUGGAUGCUGGGAUCUACACUGCUUUGGCUGGCAUCAAGUCUUGCAGCGCUUGGCUUGUGGUAGAAGCUGACAAACAAGGUGCAAAAGGCAAAAAGGUAGCCCGCAAGACCACGCAGGCAGGAGGCAGCGGAGCUGACCUCUCCAAAAUUGCUUCUGAACAACAAGAGAAGAACAAGAAGGAGAUGGCAGAGGCACUAGAGGCUGCCAAGAAAGCCCAAGCUGAGAAGGAGGCGGCUGCUGCCAAAGCCAGAGCUGAAGCACAAGCCGCUGCAGCAGCUCAGGCAGCGGCCGCUGCUAAAGCUGCUGAGGCUGCAUUUGCUGCAGCUAAGGCUAAAGGCAUGUCGGAGGAAGAUGCCGCAGCUGCAGCGGUAGCUGCAGCAGCAGCUGCAGCAGCAGAAGCCCAAGCCAAAGCUGAGGAGGAGGUAAGGAAGCUGGCUGAAGCCAAGGCUAGAGAAGCAGGCCUGAGCCCAGAAGAGAUUGCUGCGGCCGGAGCAGCAGCUGUCGCUGCACUGCGCCAAGCAGUACAGCUUGGUGCAGGUGCUGCAGGACUAGCAGGAGCUGCUGGUCUUUCUGGAGUAGCAGGAGCUGCUGGUCUUUCUGGAGUAGCAGGAGCUGGUGGUCUCUCCGGAGUAGCAGGAGCUGCUGGUCUUGCUGGGGUAGCAGGAGCUGCUGGUCUUGCUGGGGUAGCAGGAGCUGCUGGUCUUGCCGGGGUAGCAGGAAUUGCUGGUCUUGCAGGAGUAGCAGGAGCCGCUGGUCUUGCAGGAGUAGCAGGAGCUGCUGGUCUUGCAGGAGUAGCAGGAGCUGCUGAUCUUGCAGGAGGAGCAGGUGGUGCUGGCAUUGCAGGAGGAGCAGGAGGUGCUGGUGGUUCAGGAGGGGCCGGAGGUGCUGGUGGUGCUGGAGGAGUAGGAGAAGCAGGAGCGGAUGGCUUGUUGGGGGAAGGUGCUGAUGCUGGGGGUGCAGCUGGAGCUAAAGCUAGGAGGCAUGCAAAAGCAGGAUCUUUGGUGCCAGAUACUAUGACAGGUGGAAGUAACCCACAUGGGAACCCGCAUGGUAACCCCCAUGGAAACCCACAUGGUAAUCCAGGAGGUAAGCCAGGAGGCAACCCACACGGCAACCCAGGCGGUAACCCACACGGCAACCCAGGCGGUAACCCACACGGCAACCCAGGUGGUAACCCACACGGCAACCCAGGUGGCAAUCCACAUGGCAACCCAGGAGGCAACCCACACGGCAAACCAGGAGGCAAUCCACACGGUAACCCGGGAGGCAACCCACAUGGCAAUCCAGGAGGCAAUCCACACGGUAACCCGGGAGGCAACCCACAUGGUAACCCGGGAGGCAACCCACAUGGUAACCCGGGAGGCAACCCACAUGGCAAUCCAGGAGGCAAUCCACACGGUAACCCGGGAGGCAACCCACAUGGCAAACCAGGAGGCAACCCACAUGGUAACCUGGGAGGCAACCCACAUGGCAAUCCAGGAGGCAAUCCACACGGUAACCCGGGAGGCAACCCACAUGGUAACCCAGGAGGCAACCCACAUGGCAAACCAGGAGGCAAUCCACACGGUAACCCAGGAGGCAACCCACAUGGUAACCCGGGAGGCAACCCACAUGGCAAUCCAGGAGGCAAUCCACACGGUAACCCGGGAGGCAACCCACAUGGCAAACCAGGAGGCAAUCCACAUGGUAACCCGGGAGGCAACCCACAUGGUAACCCGGGAGACAACCCACAUGGCAAUCUGGGAGGCAAUCCACAUGGUAACCCGGGAGGCAACCCACAUGGCAACCCGGGAGGCAACCCACACGGCAAACCAGGAGGCAAUCCACACGAUAACCCAGGAGGCAAUCCAGGAGGUAACCCAGGAAGUAACCCAGGUGAUAACGUACAAGGGAACCCUUCUGGUGUCAAGCCUGAAGGCAGUGAGGGGGCUACCCCUGUGUCUGAGGGAACUGAGGGCACACUGGACGAGUCAGCUGGAGCUGGCAAGCAUUCAGGCCGCACAAGACAAGGUCCCGUACUUCCAGAGACAGUCAUUGAUCCUGGUGUGCACUUCUCUGCUGGCCUGGAAGAUUGUAAGGCUAUUGUGGGAGAAGCAGCUGAGUUGGUCUGCAAACUUAGCAGUGCAGACUGUAAGGGGGUCUGGUACAGAGAUGGACAAGAGAUCACAGGUUCCACCGAGGGUAUGACCAUCAGCAAAGAAGGCCCUACUCAUAAACUUAAAAUCCACAAAGUGACUGAUGAAUUUGCAGGAAAAUACAAAUUUGAAGCUGAUGGGCGUAAAACUGAAGCUGUGAUUGUUGUUGAAGAUCCACCAAGAUUUGAUGCAAAAGAAAUUGAAGCUUUUGCCACACCAACUGUGAUCAAAAAUAACCAAAGAGCUUCUUUCAAAAUCUCAUAUAUUGGCCGUGAGCCUACGAAAGUACAGUGGUACAAAGAAGGUGAAGAGCUUACACCAGACAUAAAUUGCAGGAUUGACACUGAAGAAGGCCACAGCUGUCUGCGUCUAAACAAACUACAACGCAAAGACUCAGGGGAAAUUAAGGCCAAAAUUAAGAAUGAGUUUGGCACUGCUGAAGUCGUUACUAAUCUAGUUGUGCUGGAUAAACCUACCCCACCCCUUGGACCUCUGGAGAUAGUUGAAGCCUCUUCAAACUGUGUUGAGAUCAAAUGGCGUCCACCAAAAGACGAUGGUGGAUGCCCAAUUGCUCAUUAUAUUCUUGAACGCAAUCAGGUUGGACGCAAUACUUGGAAGAAGAUCGGACUUAUUCCCAGUGAGGCUCAUUACAAAGACACUGAUGUAGAUCACGGUAAAAGGUACUGCUACCGCAUCAGAGCUGAGACCCCGGAGGGUGUUAGCGAUGUAUAUGAGACAGAAGAUGUCCAAGCUGGCACUAGAGCAUAUCCGGGCCCACCUUCGGCUCCUAAAGUGAUCAGUGCUUUCAAGGACUGCAUCACCCUUUCAUGGGUCCCUCCCACCAACACUGGGGGUACAAACCUUCUGGGCUACAACCUAGAAAAGCGCAAGAAGGGCAGCAACUUAUGGGGACUUAUUAAUCCACCAGAGGAACCUAUUAGAACCAAGAAAUAUGAGUGCAGAGAUGUUGUUGAGGGCAUGGAGUAUGAAUUCCGUGUGUCUGCUAUCAACAUUUCUGGAGCUGGUGAACCAAGUACACCAUCAGAGUUUGUGUUCGCCAGAGAUCCAAAAAAACCUCCUGGUAAAGUCAUUGACCUGAAAGUGACAGAUUCCACAUACACCACUUUAUCCCUUUCUUGGACUAAACCAAAAGAAGAAGAGGGAGUACAAGAUGAAGCCAAAGGAUAUUUUGUUGAAAUCAGACCUGCAGAAAGCACAGAAUGGGAUCGCUGCAAUACCAAUGCCAUUAUUAUGACCUUCUACACUGUGAAGGGAAUGAAGUCUAUGGCUAUGUACUGGGUGAGAGUGGUAGCUUUUAAUGAAGGUGGGGAGGGAGAACCUCAGGAGCUGAAAAACUACAUUCUGGCUAUGCCUCCCCCUGUGAGACCUAGGUUUACAGAUUCCAAGAUGAAGAGCUUCAUGGUAGUCAGAGCUGGAAAUUCAACACGAUUCAAUGUUAACUUUGUGGCUUCUCCCUGGCCUGAGGUCAUUUGGCUUAAAGACGGAGCUCCUGUCUCCAAACGUGUAACCAUUAGUAAUGCUGAAGGAGGCUCUCAAAUCCUGAUCCCAUCUGCAGAACGAUCUGAUAGUGGAAUCUACACCAUCAUAGUCAAGAAUAUUGUGGGCCAGGAGACCUUUAGCACUGAGAUCAGAGUCACAGAUGAGCCCAAGCCUCCAGGCCUUGUGGAAUUGGAUGAGAAUGUACCACGCACUGUGACAGUUUCCUGGGAGGCCUCACAGGAUGAGAAACGGGAUGACCGUCUCUACUACAUGGUGAUGAAGAGGGACUCCAGCAAGAGGACCUGGCACACAGUGGCUGACCACAUCUUUAACAAUAGGUUCACGGUCUGUAAUAUCAUGCCAGGCAGAGAGUACCAGUUCCGUGUCUACGCCAAAAAUGACAUGGGACAGUCUGCCCCCUCAGAGUCGCAAAAGUGGCUCAUAUCUGAGAAGAAAGAGAAAUUUACGCUGGUCUUACCUGAAUCUAAAACCUGCAACCUCGAGAGGCCUCCUAAGUUCCUGGUCCCCUUGAAGCUACACACAGCUCCUGACGGCUACGAGUGCUACAUGAGCUGUGCUGUAAGGGGCGACCCCACACCCCAUGUCACCUGGUACCGCAACAACAUCAGCCUCAACACCAACACCAACUACCACAUCACCAACACAUGUGGUGUCUGUUCCAUGCUCAUCCUGAGGGUGGGGCCCAAGGACAUGGGAGAGUACAAAGUCGUUGCUGAGAAUCAAUUAGGAAGAGCAGAGUGCUCCACCAAACUCACGGUCAGAGAAUGAAAGCCAUGUCUGGACAAAGACGAGGUGGAUUACCUCUAACACGUCAUUCAUUCAGCUGAUUUCGAGUUCUCUGUAGAAGUAACUUUCUGUGUACGUUUUAUAAACAAACAUUUCAUCAUGUUACAUGAUAUUUAACAUGUGUUGUGUUACAAACAUCACAUUUGACAGUAUAUUAUGGGUAUUAUUUAAUUAGUGAACAUCAAUAUAACACAGACCUUUUAUCUCCAGGACAUUUGCUUUUUGUUUUUCCUUUGAUUCUUUGAUGAUUUUCUCUUUUUUUCAUUAUUAUUCUUUUUUGUGAAGAUGAAGAACUUAUUGUUUUAUUGAGCAGCAUGUUUGUCUCUUGAUGAUUUGCCUCUCAAAUGAUUUAUUUGAUUACAUCAAUCAAACGUUACAAAAAAGCUUUAUUUUUGAUCUCUUAACUACCUGUUUUUGCCUUUCCCUUCAAUUUGAAAUCAUUAUGCACUGAUUCAUUAAUGUUUGCUUAUACACAAAAGAAGAUGAAUAAAAAAAGAAGAAAAAACAUGGAGAGGAUUUGACUUGGAAUAGCAGAUAUCCCUGUGUUAUAUCAUGAUAAGAAAACUGGUGUAAAUAAACUGCUGGACUUGAUGAAA